UUAAUUACGGAACACCAAUUUUCGGUUAACAAUAGUUUUCAAAUUUACUUUCUUAUAGAUGGCUCUGUUUUCUUUAUGCUCAUUAACUACUCAAUUUUUAUUUAAAAAUAGAAUAAAAAUAAUCAAUAUCUUCAUUUACUAAUUCUAUCUACGUACCUUUCAUCUCUCUUAUUCUCAUGCCAAAAUAUGAGAUUUUGUUUAUAAAAAAUAAAAAUAAAAACUCUAACCCUACGUGAGAAUUCAUGCAAAAAAAAAAAACAGAACACUAACAAAAUAGCUUGAUUAUAAUAUUAGAAAAACUCUCCUAAAAUCUCUCCCUUCCACAAAAUUCACAACCUUAUUUCCCUUCCAACUCUCUUUACUCCAUUUUCUCUAACCAAUUAUUUCUUAAGUUUCUCUUUUCAUUUUCAACACAAUUACUUUUUUCCAAACAAUAUAAGGGCUACCUAGCUAGUUAGGUCUCCUUUGAGGAAAUUACUACGACCUAGCUAGGAGGCAGGUCUCAAACUCCCCCUAUUUCAUCUUCAAUUCCACUUCUCAGCCAUGGUGUUUCCUCCUCUUCUCCUCCUCGUCCUUCUCUCCUUUAGUCCUUUCGUCAUCGUCGAAUCAAAGCUCUCUCUUGACUAUUACAACAAAAAAUGUCCUGAUUUUGGGAAGAUCAUAAGGGAGACCGUCACAGCAAAACAGAUAUCAAAUCCCACCACCGCCGCAGGCACUCUCCGGCUCUUCUUCCAUGACUGCAUGGUGGAGGGUUGCGAUGCCUCUGUGUUAAUCUCUUCAAAUCAUGCCAAGGACACCGAACGUGACGCCGACCUUAACUUCUCCCUCCCCGGUGAUGCAUUUGAUGUUGUUGUUCGUGCCAAGACUGCUCUUGAGCUUUCUUGCCCUGGCAUUGUCUCUUGUUCAGACAUCCUCGCUCAGACCACCCGGGACCUCAUCAUCAUGGUUGGUGGCCCUUUUUAUAAGGUUCGACUUGGACGCAAGGAUGGCAUGGUGUCCAAAGCUUCUCUUGUAGAAGGAAGCAUUCCAAGGGUCAAUCACACCAUGGACCAGAUGAUCAAACUCUUUGAAAACAAAGGUUUUACUGUCCAAGAAAUGGUGGCGUUAACCGGCGCCCACACCAUCGGAUUCUCUCAUUGCAAAGAGUUCGCCGACCGGUUAUUCCAUUUCAACAAACCCAACACUACUGACCCAGAGAUCCACCCAUUGUUUGCCGCAGCAUUGAAGAUUACCUGUGCCAAUUACACAAAAGACCCAGGCAUGUCUGCCUUCAAUGAUGUUAUGACACCAGGGAAGUUUGACAACAUGUACUACAAGAACUUGAAGAAAGGUUUGGGACUUUUGUCUUCAGACAAUGCUAUGCUCAAGGAUCCAAGAACAAAACCGAUCAUUGAAUUAUACGCAACUGAUCAACAACGAUUCUUCGAUGCAUUUUCUCACGCCAUGGAGAAAUUGAGUGUCUAUGAAGUCAAGACUGGCCGAAAGGGAGAGGUUAGGAGAAAGUGUGAUGCUUUUAACUAAAUCUCAAAAGCAUUUAGAAAGAAAAAAAAAAAGAAUUAUUUUAGUGGUUUCUCAUGACCUUAUAUUCCUAUAAUGAGAAGAAAGAAAAUGAAUAGUUCUUAAUAUUAGAAAGAAUUAGAGGUCUGGUGUGAGUGAUUUUAUGCAUGAAUGGAUUUGAUAUGUUAAUUUUCUUUGCGGUUAUAUAAUAUAUAAAUUCGUGUAUAGAUAUGUGAUAUACUAUAAACAUUUUGUGAUUUGAGAUAUUAUUUGUGAAUUAUAAAGGAGCUUUUUAACUCCUUUUCUCCAUCUUCAAGAAUAAAGUAUCCUUUUGUUGAGAUUA